CUCACAGCUCUUCUGUUCUACUCCCCCACAUACGCCCUGGUUACACCAUCGCGAUGACAAAUCCACAGAAACUCCUGUCUUGGUACACUGGCCUGUACUCCCGUACCGUCGACCUCGUUGGCGAUUAUGCAGGCAGUGAGCUCUUCAUCAUCGAAGGGGAUUCACUUCUCUUGCACUGCUUCGCCGACGAUCAGCUUGAUUUUUCCAAUGGCUUUCAGCUGCUUCACGCCACUUACAUCGUGGAGCGGUUGCUAGCACAGCUUCGACAACGAAACUGCAAUUUCCACAUCGUCUUCUUCGCGGAUAACUCAGAGGCAUCUAUUCCACCACAUGCUGAUGAAUUAUUGUUGCCGAAGUACCGUCUAGCUCGUGAAGCUAUUUUACAGCAUCUCCAGCAGAAUGUUCCUAAGGCUUUUCCAUCCAUGCAAGUGAGAUGCUUUGAUACAUACAACUGCUCUGAUUUUGAGAAGUAUCUUACUUCGGAGGGGGUCUAUUUUAUCAUGUGUCAUGAUGGUGCCAUUUCAAGUUCUAGCGGGCAUGACAGAGCAUUUGGUAGAGCUCUGGAAGACCCCGAGAAAGUGCUGUCAGAAGAUAGCUCAGACAGUGGCUGUGAUGAAACUUUCGAUAGCGCUCUUUCCUCGUUUUGGACGAAUAGAGUUACGCUCAGGUCGAUGAUACACUGGUUUAUCGCAUAUGGCUUCAAUAUAUCUUUGUUGAACAGCUUGGAGUGUCGUGAUACCAAGGUGUAUACUAUGGUUCUAGAGGGCUCCGCAGAACGGGCACGGAAUCUUUUCUGCGUGGAUUCUGUCAGCCUGGACAUUGCGGAGGAUACGGUAUCAUCUGGUUCUGAUACAGAAGAGGUGGAAUCUGAAACCAAUCUGGUGCAUUGUCACGGCGAAGCUAGCCCCAGUGCUCAAAAACCUUCUCCCACUAGCCCUCCCUCAGUCGAGCCUACUCUACGCAAUUUCUCUCCUAUCUUGGACGCCACUAAUCACACUCUCACUCAGCGAGAGUGGGCCACAGUUCUUACAGCAAGUGUUCUGCUAACUUCUGACUAUUGCGAAGAGAAUGAAAUGUUGGGGCUACGUGUUCUGUUGAUGCACGCAAUCAUUCUGAGUGAGUGCAAACUUGAAAACCGCGUGUAUGAUUCUAAAUACUGUCACCUUGGUGAGUUGUUGCUGGUAAAAUAUGUUGAAGUAUAUCGGAGUAUCAUCACAUCACAGCUGUGGCAUGAGGCUAUGAGGGCUAGACCCCUGACCUGUGAUGUGGCGGACCUGAUUGAUGGGUGGUUGUUCCUUGAGCUGAUACAAUUGGAAAUAAUCUGUCCGUCUGAUCUUGAAUGCUCCUUCAGCCAAUCAAUCGUGGAUAGGUUUUCGGUGCUUGCUUCACUAGUGAAAGGCCUAUGUGGCGUCGAAAUUGCUAGCUUUCAAGUGAGCGACCAGACUAGCGGUAGCAAAGCAAGCAGCAAGAAGAAAACUAGGAAAUCGGGCAAUGGCCAAAUUAAUAGCCGGACAAAGACAACUUCCGUUCUCCCUUUCAACAACCCCGACUUUGACCGCCAUCUCAAGCCGAUAUCACUUGCCAUUGACGAAUCUGCUGCUGGGAAGGAGCUUGCAGUGUCGCGAAUCUUUGAGGAAAUCAGCCAUUGGCAUAAUCAUCGCAGACCGCUAGAUCAGCGGAAUGCAAUUCCUCUUACAGAGUGGCUUCUUCGCCGUAACCAGAAGUUCAUGGCUGAAACUGAGCAGUAUGCUGCCAGUCUCACAGAUGCGAAACCAGAGUCAAUUUUUGUAAAGACUAAGACAGACCCCAAGGUCUUGUCAAGGAAAAACCCGGCUCCUGAAGCUACGGAGAGAGACAGGACCUCUCAAUCCACAAAAAAUGGCCCAAAACAGACUAGACACCCAAAGACCAGCGUAUCUGCGUCGGUUAAAGCAAAGGCAGAAGCUCACUUCAAGGAACAGCGGGCUAGCAAUCUUGAAAGACAAUUAAAAGCAUGGGAAACUAAACGCCAUGGGAUCGAGCAUGCCUACAAUCUGGUCCGGAGAUACCAAGAUGCUUCCGAGUAUCUCCACAGCUUGAAGAGAAAGGGAGACUGUCUGAUAGAGUUAGACAUACUCGCUUAUCUCAUAAUGACCCUAGCGCAGCUGUGGAAAAAUAAGUGUGAAACGGAGAAGGACAAACCUAUGGGGAUAGUGGCACUCAUAUGGUUUUUGAUUCUUAGGAUCUCAAAGGCGAAGCAAGGAAUUACAGUCGGCAUUCGACGCUUCGUUGAAGAAACUAUCAAAGCGCUCAAUCUUCCACGUAUUGACAUACCCUGUCACAGUUCAAGAAAAGCAACAUCCUCAUUCACACCAAUAUCUUCACAGCACGCCAACUUGCAAACGGGCUUGUCACCAGUUGAGUUUCAGCUUGUUCAUGCGGGUCCAUACUUCGAUCGAAAUAUGGAAUCGGCACCAGACCCUCGUGUUCACGAUUUUGAUCCUGAUCGGUGGCAGAGAGAGAUCUUAGACCAAAUCGACGCUAAAGCGAGUCUUUUUGUUGUCGCUCCAACAAGUGCAGGGAAGACUUUCAUAUCGUUCUAUGCUAUGAAACAGGUCCUCGAGAGCAGUGACGACGGGGUCUUGGUGUACGUUGCCCCGACUAAAGCACUCGUCAAUCAGAUCGCCGCCGAGGUCCAAGCAAGAUUCAGUAAGAGCUACAAAUACGCUGGACAGUCUGUCUGGGCUAUUCAUACACGUGAUUACCGCAUCAACAACCCAACUAGCUGUCAAAUUUUGAUCACAGUGCCACACAUCCUUCAGAUAAUGCUUCUUGCUCCGUCAAACGCGGGAUCGUGGGCGUCUCGCAUUCAACGUAUCAUUUUCGAUGAAAUCCACUGUAUUGGUCAGUCAGAAGAUGGAGUAGUAUGGGAGCAAUUGCUUCUUCUUGCACCUUGUCCUAUCAUCGCACUUUCCGCAACGGUCGGUAAUCCCGAAGAAUUCAGCGACUGGCUGAAGUUGACUCAGAAUGAAAAUGGCCACGAACUGAAAAUGAUUGAGCACAAAACGAGAUGGUCGGAUCUAAGAAAGUUUCAAUACAGACCUCCAUCCAGUUUCAUCUUUAACGGGCUAUCGAAUAUCACUCAUAUAGCUGCACUCGGCCUCGAUUCCUGUCCAAACAUGUCGUUUAUACAUCCUGUGACAAGCCUGACCAACAGAUCUCGUGGAUUCCCGGACGAUCUAACUAUGGAGCCGCGUGACUGUUGGACACUUUGGAAGGCCAUGGACAAGUACAAAACAGCGAAUUAUCCGCUUGACAAGGCGUUGGACCCGUCAAACGCGCUGCCAGGUGUCAUAUCCAAAGCCAACAUAGUGGAGUGGGAGGCCAAGCUGAAGCUGGUACUGAAACAUUGGAUGAACAAUUCAGACUCUCCAUUCGAUGCUGUCGUGGAGGAACUCGCACAAGGAAGCUAUGUAGAGAAGAACGGCAACGUGCAGGUAUCGUCUGGCGAACUCGGCCAGUCAGAUGAGCCCCGCGCAGUGAAUAACAGACUUCUCAGUACAACACUGCCCCUGAUCUGUUCUCUCCAUAACCAAGGCGCCCUACCAGCUAUUUUCUUUAAUUAUGAUCGAAGUGAGUGUGAGAGGAUGUGUCAGCAUAUUCUUGAUGAACUGGAACAGUCCGAGGCCCGGUGGAAGGUCUCAAGUACAAGCUGGGCGAACAAGAUUAGGAAAAGCCGAUCUGAAGACAGAGAUGAAAACAUGUCCAGAGCAGAACAGAUGCGUGAGACUGCGUCUGCAGAAUCGAGUUGGCACGCAUUGUUUGACCCAGAUGAGCCAAUAUCGAGGUUUUCCCUAGCUGAUAAGAAGAAGCUGGCGGGUUCUGAGUUUGAGGAACAUGCUCAAGAACUGCAUAAACGGCAGGUCUCUCCUCGGUUGAUUGAUGCUAUGAAGCGUGGGAUCGGUGUCCAUCACGCUGGUAUGAAUCGCAAGUACCGACAGGUUUGUGAGAUGCUCUUCCGCAGGGGCUACCUCCGGGUUGUCAUCGCCACAGGUACAUUGGCUCUUGGUAUCAAUAUGCCAUGCAAAACCGUCGUCUUCGCCGGUGAUUCUGUCUUUUUAACUGCACUUGGAUUUCGGCAAGCAGCUGGUCGAGCUGGACGCCGAGGCUUCGACUUCCUAGGCAACGUGGUCUUUCAGUGUAUUCCGGAUUCCAAGAUUUACCGUCUACUCAGCUCGAAGCUUCCAAGCUUGAAUGGCCAUUUUCCGUUGUCUACAACCCUAGUACUAAGACUUUUCAUUCUGCUUCGGGAGUCUGAUGGAUCUGAGUUUGCCGUCAAAGCCAUAGAUUCGAUUUUAUCAUGCCCACGGAUCUAUCUUGGGGGACCGGAGGCCAAACAUACUGUUCUCCAUCACCUGCGGUUCUCGAUCGAAUACCUCCGUCGCAAUCAGCUCCUCGACGCUAGCGGUUGUCCCCUCAAUUUUUCGGGCACCAUAUCGCAUCUGUACUACACCGAGAAUUCGAGCUUUGCAUUCCAUGCGCUCCUCAACGGUGGUUACUUUCACCGACUGUGCAAAAACAUUGGCAAGGAACCCAAAGAAACCGUUCUUACACUGAUGCUUGUGAUGUCGCACUUGUUCGGUCGCAAAUAUCUACCUCCAGUUGCCCUUGAGAAUCUCCGAACCUCUGAGAAGAGAUCCCCAUCUGUUGUGAUUCUUCCAAGUCUUCCGAAGAAGGCAGCUAGUAUCUUGCGCAGUCAUAACGAGAAGACUCAAGAUAUUUACACAUCUUAUGUGACCACCUUUGUUGAGCAGCACAUCAUUGAUCCAGGCUGUUUCCUCCCGCUGACAGGAAUGAAGUGCGGUGGCGACAAAUCUCCGGAGGGAAUCAGCCACGCACUGGCCGUUACUCCUCCGACCCGAGUCACAUCGUCAUUUGCCGCACUGUCAGGUCAUGGCGAUAAAUGGCGGAGUAUAUCUGACCUCUGUAAAAAGGUCCGCAGUGGUGUCUGGCUCGAACAAGCAGUGGUGCCGUAUGUGGGGCUUUACCCGGAAGAGGGCAAACUUCCUCUCAAUGCGUAUCUAUAUGAUUUCUUCAAACACGGAAAUGUGAAGGCAUUGGAGAAGGGAAACAUGAUCCGCAAGGGUGAUAUUUGGUUUCUCCUGAACGACUUUUCCCUGGUUCUCGCCACAAUUGUCACUGAUUUCGAGAACUAUCUCAAGCUAUCCCCAAACAUUGACCUGGAUCUGUUGGAUGUGGCCGGCAGCGGUGAUGUGCAUGAGAUUGACUUGGACGAUAAUGCUUAUGCUGCAAACGAUCCCCUGCCAGGGACAGCCGCGAAAUCGGCCAAUUUACCCCAAGUCCGGAUGCAAGCCACAACCAAGCCUCCGCUCACUUCGGCAUCCGCCAAUCCAAAGAGAGCGAAGGUAGCAGACAGCUGGGAAGAUGAGUUGAGUGACGAUGAAGAAAGUGAAAAUAAGGUACCCGAGAGAGAGGGAAAUGCAAAGGCGACUAACAAUCCCACUUCCUCCACCUUACCGAGUGAUAUUGAGCAGGGAUUUUUGCAAGUCUUGAGGGCGUUCAGAAUGCUUCAAGCUGAGUUCAAUGAGAAGUUCAAGGCCAUGUGGGCAUAA